GCCCCACCGGUGCAAAAGGCAAAGUUUUGACACGCAAGCGCGAUGAGCGCGUGACGAAGGGGACGGCGCAGUGGCGGCGGCGGAGACACUUGCUCAUUGUUUGCUGCCUGCAGUGCGUCAGUGGUCGGCUAAGGCGACGCCAUCGUCUUGUUCGAUUGUGCCCCAAACUCUGUGCUGAGUAAACCAAACCGAAAAAACGAGACGCAUAGUGUGUACCUUGUGUGGACAGUGCUCACUCCUGUGUGCACCUUUGGUUGCGGAGUACAUCCAUUUGAGUGCCAACCUGUGCCAACAUUCUAGCAGACCCAAAAUGGUUGAUGCUGUUACCGAACAAACUGUGUAACAAGAUCGAUCCUGCAGCGUUGGAUGUUGUGUUUCUCUUCUUCUCUCUUGUGCUUCUAGUACACGUCGUAGACGUUCAUAUCUCUCCCUCUUCAACAACCCCCCGAUCAGCUCCUGAAAUUUAAAAGAUCCAUCCCUGAAAACUUACUUGCACUAGGCUCAAUCGAAAAGAAAAGUUUGAAAAAAAAAGAAUAAAAAAAAAGGGAACAAAAACAAAAAUGACGAACACGGAAGAAACACUGGCGGAAGUUUCGUUGGAGGAAGAAGUUCAGGCUUUGAACACGCAGCCUUCCGAGCGCGUGCCUCGACACAUAGACGACACGACCGAUACGGUGCUAUCCGAGUUCCACGAGAGAGCCAUCAGCGAGUGCGGAAUCGGACGUUUCCACUGGAUGUUGUUGGCAGCCUGCGGAAUGGGACUGGCAGCCGACACGGCCGAACUUUUGGUCUUGGGUUUCGUCUUGCCCAGCGCCGAGGUGGACUUUUGCAUCAGCCAAACGGAAAAACGGGUUCUAGGCGUGGUGACGUAUACGGGCCUAGCGACGGGCGCUCUCUUGUGGGGCUGCAUGGCUGAUCGUGUCGGCCGGAGAAGGACGCUGCUGACGGCCAUGACUCUGGCCGCAAUUUUCGACUUGAUGGCCGCUCUUAUGCCCACUUUCGGCACCUUCCUCACUGCUCGCCUGCUGGGCGGCAUCGGACUGGGUGGUUCGUUGCCCAUACUCAUCGCUUACUUCAGUGAAUUCAUCCCGCGGCCGCAAAGAGUCAAGUACCUGAGCGCACUCCUCGCCUGCUGGGCCUUUGGUGGCAUCUACGUCGCUCUAAUGGCAUGGGCCAUCCUCCCCAAAACAGGUUUGAUGGUGGUGCUGGACGGCCAGGAACAUUUUAGCGCCUGGCACAUAUUCUUGAUCGUCUGCGCAAUUCCCACGCCGUUGGCCGUCGUUGGGUUGUUGGCCCUGCCCGAAUCACCACGCAUCCUUCUGCAAAUCGGGCACGAAAGCGAGGCGCUCGUCAUUUACCAAAGAAUAUUUCAAAAGAAUCACCCCAAGCUGACUGUGGAUGAGUACAAAGUAUCCGAAACAGAUCUACCAUCAUCUCAAAAACAUCAACUUAGAAGAGAAAACAGCCAGGACAAGGACCAGGAAACAUCUCAUCCCACGACAGUCCGACAGAAAUCCAUUCUUUCGGUUCUGUCGUACACGUUGGCCAAUUUUGGAUCGCUCAUCUCGAAAAUUUUUGCUGCCAAUCACAGACGAGCUACGCUCCCACUCCUCGUCACUUGGAUUUUCGCUUCGUUUGGGUACUACGGGCUGUCUCUUUGGUUCCCGGAAUAUGUUAAAUAUCUAAAGGGACAAGACUUUAAACUCAGAUCUUCGACGCUGACAAACGUUAGCUACGCCAACAUCCAAUUCAAUCAGUCAAUGGAAAAUGUGAUCUACGUCAACGGUCGUUUCACCAACGUUCGUUUCGAAAACAUAAUCCUCAAUCACGUUGUUUUCGAUUCGUGCUACUUCGAUCGUGUUUCGUUCAUCAAAAUCAAAUCUAGCCGGUCCCUGUUCCGCAAUUCCACCAUUUUAAAGUCAACCUUCGUCGACACGGAUUUCUUUCCCUAUCGCUUCGAGAGUUGCACAAUGGAGGGCACGACGUUUGACAGUAUGGACGCGUUCUGUGCCCUCGACUUCGACUACAACAUCCAUCUGGGAGAAGUCUUCCUCGAACAUCUGAUAGGCGAGGUCGCACUCAUACCUGGCCUUGUCUUGGCGGCCAUCUUCAUGGAUCGAUUUGGCCGCGCCAGACUUAUCAGUAUAUCCCUCCUAACGUGUAGUUUGUUAACACUUACGUUAGCGGCCGUGAGAUCUCCAGAGGCUGUCAUUGCAGUGGAAGCAGCCUUCAAUGCCGUUUUUGCGGUUGGAUUGGCCUCACUGACGGUGGCCUCUACAGAGACGUGCCCCACAUCUAUCAGAGCGACUGGUUGGGGUUUGAUAAACACCUUAAGCCGUGGUGCCGGACUUGCAGGACUCUUCGUCUACGACUCAAUGCUCGAGUGCACGGUGCUGGCUUCUUGCUUCGUGACGUCCGGGGUAAUGUUGACGUCGGCCGUGGUCAGUCUUCUGAUCGUUGAAACGCGUCACACACUCCUUUAAUGCAAUUGAGAAGAAAACCGAUCUCACUCAUUCAAGUUCCUCUUCUCAUGGCUUGGGCCCAGCCGAUCAGCACGUGCCAUCCUCAAAUCCAAAACUUACUGUUGAAAUGUCACAUAUGAUCAUGUGUUGACUCUCCUCAUUGCUCCCCUUAUACGUCUUUAGACCACUACAUUUGGAAUGUUGUUUUUCUCUCAAUUUACGAGAACUGUUUUUAUGUGCUGCUGCUGCCUCUUCUUUUUCGUUUUUUUUUUCUUUUUUGCUCUUUUUUUUUUUUAGUGUAAAAACAAGAUCGGUUCAAAAGUGGACCAGCUGCGCUCACUUUGGCUGGAUUUUGCCAAUAGCGUUGCUGGGCACGACUUCUUACGAAUUGUCCGCUGGAACGGUGACAAUUUGAAGCAGCAGGUGUUUUUAUCAGAUGAAAAGGCUGACAUUUUAAUUAAGCCAUGUUACGUUUUCCUCCUUAAGUUGAUACUCUUCAACAGCUCGUCUAAAACCAAAAGGUAAAACGCCCUGGUCAGUAUGGACUGCUCAAUCCAAAAAGAGAAAAAUAGAAAACACGAUAGACGUGUAAAAACAAUUAAACAAAAAUAAUAAUAACGAAAGGAGAUGACGUGUGACUCGUCAAAUCAUCGUUUCAUAUACGACAAUAACCAUUGAUAUAAAAAUAAAACUUG